AUGUUCAAGUUGAGUCCGUACACGACAACCAUGGGGUUGAGCGGGCUUCCGCUCAACUUUGCGGUCGCCGGCAUUGCUGCCAUGGCCUUCUGGCUGUUUGGGUACGAUAUGUCAGUAAUGGGAGGUGUCAUUACCGAGAGCCCAUUCACCUCGGUCUUUCCCUCAAUGGAAAACCCAAACAUCCAGGGCAUUGUCAUUGCUGCUUUUGAACUCGGGGCCCUGGUCGGAGCCCUGGCAUGUCUCGACAUUGGUGACCGCCUGGGGAGACGGUCAACUGUCUGGUUCGGCAUGCUGUUCAUGUUGGUCGGCGGUAUCCUUCAAUGCGCUGCCUGGCACGUCGGUCAGCUAGCCACUGGGCGUGUCAUUAGCGGUAUCGGUCUCGGUUUACAGGUUGCUACCGUGCCGUCGUGGCAAGCAGAGUGCGCGAAGCCGCAUAGCAGAGGACGAUGGGUGAUGAUCGAGGGCGGCCUCCAAACUUUCGGGGUUGCUUGUGGACAGUUAAUAGGAUACGGCUUCUUCUUUGUCAAGGGACAGGCGCAAUGGCGUGUGCCAGUCGGCAUCCAGCUCAUCCCGGCCUUUAUCGUAUUCAUCUUUAUCAACUUCCUCCCCGAGUCUCCCAGAUGGCUCAUCAAGCACGGAAUGAUUGACGAGGCCACUCACAACCUCGCCAAACUCCGCGGUCUCGCUCCCGACGACCCACUCCUCCUCGCCGAGCGCGACGCCAUCAUCGCCUCCUACGAAGCCCAAUCCCAAAUGGCCGUCUUCUCCUACAAGGAGCUCUUCGACAACGGCCCCACCAAGACUCUCUACCGCGUCGCCAUCGGCACCUUCUUCCAAGCCGCCCAGCAACUCUCCGGCAUCAACAUGGUCUCCACCUACGCCAACAAGAUCCUCCAAGAGUCCUUCAAUCUGUCGCCAAGCAUGUCACACCUCAUCGCCGCCAUGGGCGGUCUCGAAUACGCCUUGUGCUCGCUUCUCUCAGUGUUGCUUAUCGAGGGUCUCGGUCGCCGUCGGUCCUUCAUCAUCACCGCGGCCGGCAUGGCCGUCUGCUUCGCCAUCAUUGCCGGGCUGACUAGUACUGCUGAUAGGACGUGUCAGCUUGUGGCUGCGGGAUUCCUCUUUCUCUUUAAUACCUUCUUUGGUUUAGCCUGGGUUGGCGGGCCGUUCCUCUACAGUGCUGAGAUUGCACCUUUGCGAUGCCGCUCGCAGGCCAAUGCUAUCGCUAGCGCCGGUAACUGGUUGUUUUGCUUUAUCGUCGUCAUGAUCAUCCCACCUGCUUUGGCGAACAUUGGGUGGAAGACUUACAUCAUCUUCGCCGUCUUCAACUUCCUCUUCGUCCCCAUCAUCUACUUCUUCUGCGUCGAGACCAAGAAACGUUCGCUUGAGGAGCUCGACGUCAUUUUCGCGGCGGGCGGAAACCCCGUCAAGCAGGAGAAGAGCAUGCCGCACAACAUGACCAUUGAGGAGUCCAGGCGCGUUCUCGGUCUGGGUGAUCGUACUGCCGAUGUGGUAGUGGACGUCUUUGAGCACGAUAGCAGCAAGUCGGAGAAGGAGGCUGUCUAG